AUGAGGUUCAUUUUACCUAGUUAUAGUCCCACAGUUUUGUUUACGAGGGUUCUCCCAGGGAAAGCAAAGGCGAGAAGAUUUUACGCUUGUUCUGCGUGCCGAGAGAGAAAAGACUGCAAUUUUUUCCAGUGGGAGGAUGAAAAGAUAUCAGAAGCCCGUCUUUCAGCCCGGGAAAAAUACAAUCGGAGUCACCGGCCAUCUAAAACUCAUUCAGACAAUGUAAAAAGGUACAAGGAAUUCAUCGCUCUACCAACACCAAAAAGGAAGUUUUGUCAGGAAUGUCAACAGCUCCUGUUGCCAUCGGAAUGGGAAAGACACUCUGGCCAUCCAGUACUCACUGGUAUCUCGGCUGCCCAGCUAGGAAGACCUAGCCAACUCCUCGCUGCUCUGGAGAACAAGAAGACGAACGCCCAGUAUCUCUUCACCGACAGGAGUUGCCGCUUCCUCUUGGAUCUUCUCGUCGCGCAAGGUUUCCAAAGGGUGCUGUGUGUGGGCACGCCAAGGCUUCACGAACUGAUCAAAUUGGAAGCGUCACCCAAAGGGCAGAUGGCGAUGAAGAGUCUUUUGCUCGAUAUUGAUUUCAGGUAUUCUCAGUUCUACCCCCAGGAGGACUUUUGCCACUAUAACAUGUUUAACCAUUAUUUCUUUGCUGGAGAGGUAAGCACCACUCAAGUCCUGUGUUCUGCCAGCAAAGACUUACCUAUCCUUUGGAUAUUUCCGUAUUUUUUUGAGUCCCGCAUUCUUGAAUGUUUUCCAAGUUUCACCAUGUUGGAUUAUCAGGUUGAUUAUGACAAUCAUGCGCUAUAUAAGCAUGGGAAAAGAGGCCGCAAACAAUCCCCAGUUCGUAUUUUUACUAACAUAUCACCAAGUUCCAUAGUUCUUCCAGCAGAAGAAGGCUACAGGUUUUGUCCCGCCUGUCAGCGAUACGUCAGCGCCCAGAACCAGCACUGCGACAUCUGCAGUUCCUGCCCUUCCAAAGAUGGCAGACGUUGGACUCACUGUAACCUCUGCAAAAAAUGUGUAAAGCCCUCCUGGGUUCACUGUAGCAUCUGCGCACGCUGUGCUCUUUCCAGUCACCCUUGCAAAGAAGACCGUUCGGGGUGCUUCGUUUGUGGAGAGGCCAAUCACAAACGCACCACGUGUCCAAAGCGGCGGAGGAUCUGCAGAGCUGACCAAGAUAGCCAAAAGGCCAAACAGAAAAAGAAGAAAUUGAAGAGGGCUGUUACAGAAACAACGUGUUGGAAAAAGGCAAAAGCUGCGAGAAGAAGAAAAAACAAAAAAUAA